CUGAUUAUUGCUGUGCAGAGUGGCGAGAAGAGGGAGAGGGAUGGUGAGACAUUGACGGCCCUCUCCAUCUUCAGUUGCUGGUCUCUGCAACUGCGUAUAGGUUUUCAGAUAUUAAUUAGUUACAUGAUUACAUCCUUCUCUUUGCUCUCUCUUUAUUGAAUUGGAGAUAACUGGAGUUUUGAUGCGAAGAUCGAAUGCUCGAAUUCCGGCAGUCGAUUCUGGAACUAAGAUGGAUUCGUUAAUGCCACAGUUUCGCCCCAACGCUGCUCGAUCCAACUUCAUCUCUCGAAUUUAUCCAGCGAAUAUAAAGCGUACUAUAGGAAAUCUCUGGAUCUUCAUCGUUCUGGCUGCAAUUCUCGCUGCGUUUUGUUAUCUGUUCGUUGUCAAGGGAUCUCGUAAUUCUUUGUUUCAAAAGAAGAAAUUUGGUAUUGUUAUAGACGGUGGAAGCACGGGCACUCGAAUUCACGUGUUCAAGUUCUUGAUCAAUGAGAAGGGAGUGCCACUUUACGACUUUGGAAAGGAAGGAUUGUCGUCGUUGAGGGUUAAUCCAGGUUUAUCAUCAUUCUCGGCAGAUCCGCACAGUUCCGGUGACUCUCUGUUGGAGCUUAUAGAGUUCGCCAAGGGGAGAAUUCCGAAGGAUUAUUGGGGAGUUACCGAAAUUAGGCUUAUGGCGACGGCUGGUCUGCGUAGGCUUGACGUGAAUGUUCAGGAACGAAUAUUGGAGUCAUGCAGGAGCGUUCUUAGUUCUUCAGGCUUCAAGUUUCAGAAUGACUGGGCUUCUGUCAUCACAGGCUCAGAUGAAGGUAUAUACGCUUGGAUUGCUGCAAACUACGCUCUUGGCUCUCUUGGAAGUGAUCCUCAGCAAACAAUUGGGAUAAUUGAACUUGGUGGGGCAUCUGCUCAGGUUACAUUUGUUUCAAAUGAGGUGCUGCCUCCUGAGCUCUCACACACGCUUACAUUUGGAAAGUUCAAGUACAAUCUCUACAGUCACAGCUUGCUUGAUUUUGGUCAGAAUGUUGCAUAUGAUGCAUUAAAGGAAAUGCUAACUUCAAGAGAUCAUAAGCUGUCUGUAGAAUUUUCUUGGAAAGGAAUAUCUCUAGAUCCCUGUACUCCUAGGGGGUAUUCACAUAGCAUGGAGUCAUCGAACCUUUACCCCGGUGCUCUGGAUAGGAAGAACAAAUACCUCCGUACUCUUCAUGCUAAGGGAAACUUCUCAGAGUGUAGAUCUGCUGCAUUAAUGUUAUUACAGAAUGGAAAAGAGAAAUGCUCCCACCAGCAUUGCAACCUUGGGUCAAUCUUCAUACCACCUCUUCAGGGAAAGUUUUUGGCCACUGAAAAUUUCUUCUACACAUCAAAGUUCUUUGGGUUGGCCCCGAGGGCUUAUCUUUCUGAUCUGAUGUUGGCUGGAGAACGAUUCUGUGGAGAAGAUUGGUCAAAGCUGAAAAACAAGUACAAUACUCUUGAGGAGGAGGAUUUACAGCGGUAUUGCUUCUCAUCAGCAUAUAUUGUGGCCCUACUACAUGACAGUCUUGGAAUUGCUUUGGAUGAUAAUAGGAUUAAUUUUGCAAAUAAAGUUGGAGACAUCCCCCUCGAUUGGGCAUUAGGAGCAUUCAUCUUGCAUAAUACAGACGACUCAGGUGUGGGACAAAAUGAUUGGAUUGCCACCAUUAUUGUUGAGGACUCAUCCACUUUACUGUCUCUCAUUGUUGUUGCUGCUAUAUUGAUUGUUACGGUUUGGUUCGUUUCAAAAUGGAGGAAACCGCAAUUGAAGACAAUAUAUGAUCUUGAGAAAGGGCGUUACAUUGUUACACGUGUCAAUAGAUGAUAGCUUCUUGAGAGAGAUCAGCACACCCCAUUUGUGGGUUUUGUAAAUGGGGAGGAAGAUAGCUUGUAGUAUUGGAGCUUAUUAAUUAUGUAUCUUUCCCCUAUUUUUGGUUGCCCAAAGCAACCCUCUAGAAACAUCGGAAUCCAUGGAGCAGCUUGGGUCUUAGGUUAUUAUGUUCUCAUACCAUAGAGACCGAGGGUUGGGGUUGUAAGUGUAAAGGAAUAGUUUCCCAGUAUAAAUACCAGUAGCAGUCUGCAGGUGGAACACAACAUUUGACUUUUUAGGGAGGGAGUAGUAGGAAGGAACCAAGAGGAUUCUUCCCAGAGGACUGGUCACAAUGGUCAAUUAUGGAUCCUGUUCAGCGAUUAUUUUAUUACACCCUGAUGGGGCUGUAAACUUGUGGGAACUUUCACUGUAAAAUAGAUUGCACGAUGGUGGAUUUAUCAGGCACUAUUAACAAGGUUUUCGAACAA